GGGAAAUGACGCGUGCGGCGAUGCCGGAGCCGGAGCUGCGCGUGAACGCGGCCUUCGCGGAACGAUACGGGCGGUACCGGCGGCGCGAGGAGCUGCAGCGGCUGCAGGACCGGUACGGCGACACCGGGGACGGCUCCAGCUCCGAGUCCGACUCCAGCGGGGAUGAGGUGGCCCUCGACCCCCGCCUGGAGCGGGAUUUCUACCGCACGCUGGCGCUGCUGAAGAGCCGGGACCCCCGAAUCUACCGGGCAGACGCCACCUUCUACAGCCAGCGAGACUCCUCCUCGGGGAGCGAUGGUGAAGAGGAGGAGGAGGAGGAUGAAGGGCGCCCGGCGAAGCCGAUGUACCUGAAGGACUACGAGAGGAAGGUGGUGCUGGAGAAGGAGGGCAAAUACGUGGAUGAGGAAGAUGAGGAGGACGAGGAGGCGGCGGCCGAGCAGAGGAAGAGAGCGGCCUCCAGGAGCUACGUGGAGGAGCAGCGGGAGCUGAAGGAGAGCUUCCGAGCCUUCGUGGCUGACAGCGAGGAGGAAGAGGAGGAGGGUGAGGGGGGCUCUGCCCUGCUCCGGCGGCGCAGCCAGACGGCAGAGGAGAAGGAGCGGGAGGAGGAGGAUUACAUCCGCUGGCUGAAGGGGCAGGGGGAGGCCCCCCCGGAGCCGCUGCAGGACCUGGUGCCCCUCCAGCAGUACUGGACCGAUCCGGCGCUGGACCCCGGCGAGCGUUUCCUGCGCGAUUACGUCCUCAACCAGGGCUACCGCGAGGAAGAGGAGGACACCGACGAUGCCGAAGGGUGAGUGGGGACCUUCCCCAGCCCCCCCAAAAACCCACUGCACCCCCCUCAACCCCCCCCCGCCAUGUCCCCCCCCAGGGCGUCCCCCCCUCGCCUGGCCGACUCCUCGGAUGAGGGCGAGCUUUUCCUGGCCAAGCAGGAGGAUUUCGAACGCCGUUACAAUUUCCGCUUCGAGGAGCCCGAUGCCGAGCAGGUGAAGACGUACCCCCGGAGCAUCCCCACUUCGGUGCGACGACGGGAUGAGCGGCGGAAGGAGAAGCGGGAACAGAUUCGGGAGAGGAAGAGGAAGGAGAAGGCGCGGAAGCAGGAGGAGCUGAAGCAGCUGAAGAACCUGAAGCGGGAGGAGAUGGCCGCCCGGCUGGCCCGGCUGCGGGAGGCCACCGGCAACGCCGCCGUCGGCUUCACCGAAACCUUCCUGGAGGAGGAUUUUGACCCGGCCCGGCACGACCGGCUGAUGGCGGAGUGUUUUGGCGACGAUUAUUACGGCCGGGAGGAGGAGGAGAAGCCGCAGUUUGAGAAGGAGGAAGGGCUGGACGACGACUGGAACUGGGACGCCUGGACGGGCCGGGAGGAGGGGGGGGACGAGCGUGAGCCCCACUGCGAGGACCCCGAUUUUGUGAUGGACGCUGACUAUGACCCGGCAGCCCCCCCCCCAAAACGGCGGCAGGCCCCGGUGCCGGGGAAGAAGCGGCACAAGACGCGGUUCAGGGAGGCAGUGGAGCGGGAGAAGCCGGAGUUUGACCCUGCCACCAGCACCUUCGAGCAGUACCUGGACGAGUUUUACAGCCUGGACUACGAGGACCUGGUGGGGGACCUGCCCUGUCGCUUCAAGUACCGCAACGUCCUCCCCUGCGACUUCGGCCUCACCACCGACGAGAUCCUGGCAGCCGACGACAAGGAGCUGAACCGCUGGUGCUCCCUGCGCAAGACCUGCAUGUACCGGUCGGAGCAGGAGGAGCGGCAGGAUCAGGCCAACUACAGCCGGCGGGCGCAGAACGCCUGGAAGAAGCAGCAGAUCUUCAAAUCCCUGGCGGCCACGCCGGAGGAGCCCCAGCCGGCGCCGUCAGCCAAGUCCAAACUGGGGAAGAAACGCCGGGACAAGCGGAAGCGGCCGGAGGAACCAGGAGCCUCGGGGGCCCCCCCAGCCACAGCCCCCCACCCCCCCAGUUCGGGGGGGGUCCGGCGCCGGGGCUCCGCACCCCUGGGGCCGGCGGUGCGGCUGGGGGGCCGGGAUUUCACCGGGAAGCGCUUGGAAGCCUUUGGCCUCAACCCUCGGAGGCUCCGGUACCGGCAGCUCCUCCGGCAGCGGCGCAAGAAGGAGGGGGGGGGAGCUGGGGGGGGCAAAGCCUGA